GUUUUGAUCGGCCCAAGCCACCAUCGCCAGCCAACCACAGACUAGAGGAGAAGGAACACUUCGCCGGCGACGGCGGCGGCGGCGGCAUGGCCUUCUGGCAGGCGCGGGACUUCCUCUUCUGCGGCGUGUGCGGCACCCUCCUCAAAUUCGACUCCGUCCGCUCCGCCUCCUGCCCCCUCUGCGGCUUCAAGCGCAAGGCCAAAGAUAUCGAAGGGAAGGAGACGCGGUACACGGUCACGGCUGAGGAUAUUAGAAGAGAGCUAAAACUUGAUCCAUAUGUGAUUCUUGAAACAACACUGAAGGAGGAAGACGUAAUUGUCGAAAGAGCUACAGUAAAUAAAGAGUGUGAAAAAUGCAAAAAUCCUGAACUUCAGUAUUACACCAAGCAGUUACGGUCAGCAGAUGAGGGGCAAACUGUUUUCUAUAAGUGCGCAAACUGCAGGCAUGAGUUCAAUGAGAACCAGUAGUCACCUUAGAAUGAGCUUUUUGAUCACUUCUACGAUUGUGGUCUAAAAAAUGGCCAUGCUUUGACAUGACAAGUGAUUUUGAAAUAUUUUUUUUAUGCCUUUGCUUGAAUUAUGACAAGUAAUGGUGUGUUCGGGAGAAGGGUUUAGGAACCUCUUCCCCGUGCAUGGAAAACGGGGUGGCUUAUUAGUGCAUUAUUAAUUAAGUACUUUAACGCAUGGUUUAGCAGUUUGCCAAAAACAUUGUAUGUGCUUGGAAAACGAGGGAGAAGAAGUUGGUAAAGUGUAGUAUAGAACAUACCCUAAAGAAUCACAUUACUUUGGGCCACAUGUCCAAUCCUCAA